AUUGAAGAUAAAGAUUGUAUGGUUGCAUUGCACAAAAGUUAAAAAAGAAGAAACUUUCGUUUGUCUCAGAUCCACUACAUGUAUGCACAUGACGAGUCUUAUCGCUUCAUUGUAACGCCUUCAAUUUCAAAAACCACUUAGAAACCAAUUUUUGUGUUGUUAGAAAAAAAAGCGACUGACAGAUUAAUAAAUAAUUUCUCGAAAUGAAAAUGGAGCUCAUCUUCAUACCAUCACCUGGGGAAGGACACAUCCGGCCACUAGUGGAGGUGGCUAAGCUUCUUGUCGACCGCGAUGAUCAUCUCUCCAUCACCAUCCUCAUCAUCCCUCAGAUGCUUGGCUUCAGUAGCGGCUCUGCCUCUUACAUCUCUUCUCUCUCCUCCGCGUCUGAGGACCGCCUUCGCUAUCACGUUCUCUCCGUAGCCGAUCAACCAAACUCCGAUGACUCCAAACCUAAUUUUCUCGCUUACAUCGAUAGCUUCGCGCCAGAGGUAAUAGCCACCACAAAAAAACUUAUUGACCCGGCUCAACUUGCUGGAUUCGUGGUGGAUAUGUUCUGCACGAGUAUGAUUGAUGUCGCCAACGAGUUAGGCGUUCCGAGUUACAUGUUCUUCACUUCCAACGCUACGUUUCUUGGAUUGCAAAUUCAUAUUCAGUACCUUAAUGACGUUAAGAAUUUUGACGUCAGUGAUUUGAAGGACUCGGACACCACUGAGUUAGAGAUCCCAACUUUGACUCGUCCUUUACCGGUUAAGUGUUUCCCCUCCGUGAUGUUCAACAAAGAGUGGUUACAUAAAAUCAUUAGCCAAACCAGAAGGUUCAAAGACACUAAGGGAAUUUUGGUAAAUACGUUCGCAGAGCUCGAGCCUCAAGCUAUGAAGUUUUUUUCCGGUGGAGAUCAUUCUCUUCCUCCGGUGUACACAGUUGGACCGGUUAUGAAUCUUAAAAUCAACAGUCCAACUUCAGCAGAUGAUAAGCAAUCGGAGAUCUUACAGUGGCUCGACGAGCAGCCAUGUAAAUCUGUUGUGUUCCUCUGUUUUGGAAGCAUGGGUAGUUUCCGUGAGGACCAAGCUAGGGAAAUCGCAAUCGCGCUUGAGCGAAGUGGUUACCGAUUUGUCUGGUCUCUUCGUCGUGCUCAGCCACCGGGAACAAUGGGACCUCCCGAAGAAUUCACGAAUCUUGAGGAGAUUCUCCCGGAGGGAUUCUUAGAACGCACGGCAGAGAUAGGUAAGAUUAUAGGUUGGGCACCACAGAGCGCCAUACUUGCAAAACCUGCGGUCGGAGGAUUCGUGUCGCACUGUGGAUGGAACUCGACACUAGAGAGUCUUUGGUUCGGAAUUCCAAUAGCCACGUGGCCUCUUUACGCUGAGCAACAAGUUAACGCGUUCGAGAUGGUUGAUGAGUUAGGUCUAGCUGUGGAGAUCCGAAAUAGUUUCCGGUUGGGUUUUAUGGCGGUGGAGUCGGAGUUGAUGACGGCGGAGGAGAUAGAGAGCGGAAUCAAUUGUUUGAUGGAGCAGGAUAGUGACGUGAGGAAUAGAGUGAAGGAGAUUAGUGAGAAGAGCCACGUUGCAUUAACGGACGGUGGAUCUUCGCAUGUUGCUCUUCUAAAGUUCAUUCAAGACGUCACAAAAAAUAUAUCUUGAAAUCUAUACAAAUCUUAUAGAACAUUAUCCUAUAUCCAUUAUUCAGAAUGUAUUUCGUGUAAACUUUCGUUAUUGUAUGCCUUCAUGAUAAAAGUUAUGGCACAUCUACUACUAA